AUGGCUGCCCGGACUUCAAUCGCACGCGCUGCGCGCCAAUUCACCUCUGCUGCCGCGAGGAGACCAUCACCUUUCGUGUGCCAGAGGUGGCAGCAGCAGGCGACUCCGACGCAACGGCUAUUCUCGGUAUCUGCCGCUCUGAAGGAGAAGAAGUACACUGAGGACCAUGAGUGGAUUGAGAUGUCUGCGGACGGCAAGACCUGCACCCUAGGUAUCUCAGAAUACGCAGCAAAGGCCCUUGGCGACGUAGUCUACAUCGAGCUUCCCCAGGUUGAAAUGGACGUCAGCGAAGGCGAUGCCAUUGGCGCUGUCGAGUCAGUCAAGUCUGCUUCAGAUAUCCUCACACCCAUCUCCGGAGUCGUCGCCGAGGUCAACUCGGCGCUAGAGCAGACGCCCGCCAACGUCAACAAGGACCCCGAAGGCGACGCGUGGAUUGCAAAGAUCACCGUGUCUGGUGAGCCAAGCGGCAAGACCAUGACAAAGGAGGAGUACGCUGCUUUUACUGAGGAGUAA